AUCUCAUACGCUGUCGAAAGUCGGAAACCAUUCGUGGUCAGAGGAGGCGGACAUAGCAACGGCUUUUCAACGAUCAGCAGCCCUGGAAUUGUCCUAGACCUCUCACAGAUGAGAAAUGUUUCAAUUGAUAUAGAGAAAAAGGUGGCUAUUGUGCAAGGGGGUGCAACAAUGGGCGAUGGAUUGAGAGCUGCUGCUUCAGAAGGGCUAGCUAUCGCGACGGGGACGUGUAACGAGGUCGGCUUGGUUGGGGCUGCUCUAGGAGGUGGUAUCGGCCGUUUGCUCGGACAUUAUGGCUAUGCAGCAGACACAGUAGUCUCAAUGCGAGUUGCGGUGGUUGGAAGCAGCGGAAGAGCACGGAUAGUUGAAGCAUCGCGGGAGAUCAACCCAGACCUCUUCUGGGCCCUCCGCGGCAGCGGCCAUUUGUUCGGAGUAGUCGUUGAGGCCACCUUUCGGGUUUUCCCCUGGCAGCAUGAGACAUGGCAUAGCUGCCUUGCAUUCCGGCCGUGUGAUGCCGGGCGGGUGGCAGAGGCUGUGGACCGGGUCAGCUAUCGCGGAGGGAUGCAGGGCCGGCUGGUCUUUUGCGCCCCCAAUAAGCAGCCGAUUGUUCUCCUGCAGCUGUGGUAUCUGGGCAACCCCGAGGAAGCUGCUGAGAAGUUCGAACCCUUGCUGGGACUCCCGUUCAUGGCAGACCACCCGCUGCACUCGAUCGGGCGUCUGAUACCGUACGUGAAUCUCAACGACUCCAGCGAGAGGAUCUGUUCCUACGUGGGGAGGAAGAACCUGGCAGCCUUCGGUAUGCGGAGCAUCUCAGAAGCUUCAUGCAUGGCCGCUCUUAUGGUAUAUAUGGACUUCAUCACCCAGUACCCGGAAGCGCUAAGGACGCACAUUCUCACGGAGUUCUACAGCAUGGACGUGGUAAGUGAACUGGACCAGGACGGGGAGGAGACCUCGAUUCCCGGAAAGAUGCGGCGGGCAGUGAAGUACUGGGUGAUGCCCCUGGCCUGGUACGAAGACGCCGCGCUGGAUGAUGCAUGCGCAGGACUCAACGGGGCUGUUAGAGACGCCUUUCUGACGAAUACGGAUGGUAGCCGCGCUGAGAGUAUUGCGUACAUCAAUAUGCCCUUCGAGAGAGAGGAUGCCAGUGAUAUCUUUGGCGAUAAACAGCAUCUAGAAAGGCUGCGGAGCCUGAAACAAAAAUGGGACCCCUUAAAUAUAAUUCGGGGUACAGUUGGUUUUUGUUAG